AUGUCUCUCUGGGUAGACAAAUUUAGACCAAAGACUUUGGACGACCUUCACUACCACCAGAGUUUGUCCACUCGAUUGAAAUCUCUGGCUGCGUCAGCUGACUUUCCACACAUGCUCUUCUACGGGCCUUCUGGAGCUGGAAAGAAGACACGCAUCAGCUGUACUUUAAGGCAGUUAUUUGGGAGUGGUGUUGAGAAGCUCAAAAUUGAUCAACGAGUGUUUAUUUCACCUUCGAAACGCAAGCUGGAAAUAAAUAUUGUUCAAAGCAAUUUUCACAUCGAGAUCACUCCUAGCGAAGCUGGAAAUUAUGACAGAGUUGUCAUUCAGGAUUUGUUAAAGGAAAUUGCACAGACACAGCAGGUAGACUUGAACGCGAAGCAUAGAUUCAAAGUCGUUGUGAUUAAUGAGGCGGACUCUCUUUCCCGUGAUGCCCAAGCAGCGUUGCGUCGAACGAUGGAGAAAUACAUGUCAAACAUGCGAAUAAUACUCUGUGCCAACAGCACCAGCAAACUAAUAGCACCCAUCAAAAGUCGUUGUCUACUUAUGCGAGUCGCUGCACCGAACCCAAAAGAGAUGCAAAUUGUCUUGGAACAUGUAGCAAAGAAGCUGAAGUUCGACUUACCUGAAGAGGCAUCACAACAGAUCGCCGAAGACUCUGGUGGCAACAUGCGGAAAGCAUUACUCGUUUUCGAAGCCUUGAAAAUGCAAUCGCCAGAUCUUUCAGGUUCAUUGAAAAUAGCCAAACCAGACUGGGAAACGUACUGCCACAAGGUCGCUGAUCUCAUCGUCCAAGAACAGUCACCAGCGCGCGUUUUGGAAGUCCGUGCAAAACUCUAUGAGCUUCUUACCCACUGUAUUCCCCCAACGAUCAUAUUGAAGACCAUUGCAGAGCAGGUGGUGGAGAGAGUGGAUGAAGCUAUAAAAGCCGAUGUCAUGCAUUGGGCUGCAUUUUAUGAGACUCGGAUGCGGCUCGGCAACAAAAAGAUUUAUCACCUAGAGGCUUGGGUAGUAAAGGUCAUGAGUCUAUACAAGCACUUUAUGUAUAACUUCGAUAUGGCGGACUAUGAGUAG